GUGUGUGUGUCAGAUCGCAGACAUGCCCCGCAGGAGGAAGGAGCGCCUGAGAGCCGGUGUGUGUUUUGCUGUGAUCUUUAUCGUCCUCAUCCUCAUCCUCAUCCUCAUCUGCACAGUGAAGUUCCCAGAGAAGGAUGAGUGUCAGAAAGGGAUGUUCAGGAAAGCAGCUGUGGCUGCAGACUCACAAACAUGCUCCAACAUCGGCCGUAUGUCUGUGUGUUCGUGUUUGUUAUGUCUCAGGGAUAUCCUGCGCUCUGGAGGUUCGGCUGUAGAUGGCGCUAUAGCUGCUUUAAUAUGUACAUCAGUAAUAAACCCGCAGAGUAUGGGUCUCGGUGGAGGAGUUAUAUUCACCAUCAGGGAGAAAAACGGAAAAGUGAAAAUCAUUAACGCGAGGGAAACUGCGCCAAAGCUCGUUCAUGCUGAUCUGCUCUCCAUGUGCUCCAAUGUUACAGAUUCCCCAGGUGUGCACUGGGUCGGAGUUCCAGGAGAACUGCGAGGUUAUGAGCGAGCUCAUCGUCUGUACGGUCGUCUGCCCUGGAAACAUUUGUUUGAGCCGACGAUUAGUCUCACCAGAGAUGGGGUUCGAAUCUCCGCCAUGCUGAGCCGUUACCUGCUCAUCUUACAAAAUAAGCACACACCACUGAGUGCGUUGUUUAAGAGGCCUAAUGGGGAGUUGUUGAAGGAAGGAGACAUGGUGAAGUUUGAGAAACUCACUGAGACGCUGCAGAAGGUUGCAGAUGGUGGAGCUCAGGAGUUUUACAUUGGAGAAGUUGCUCAGACGCUCAUCAGAGACAUUCAGGCAGCAGGUGGGACUCUCACAAUGGACGAUCUGAAAUCUUAUAAAGUCACUGAAUCAGAUGCCUGGUCUGUUUCCUUGGAUAAAUAUAGGAUGUUCUUCCCUCCUCCACCAGCAGGAGGAGCCAUACUUAGCUUCAUUCUCAACGUCAUGGAGGAGUAUGAAAUGGACCCAACCUCUCUACAUGUUGGUGAGAAGGUGCUAACGUACCAGCGCUAUGUGGAGGCGUGUAAAUUUGCUAACGGACUCAAGCACUUGAUCAAAGACCCGAAGUUCUCUUCAGAUAAGGAAGCACAAGCCCUGAUUAAGGUGGACUUCGCUAACCGUGUGAAGGCGAUGAUCAGCAGUGAUAUUACUCAUGAUACUCAAUACUACAACGUCACACCAGUCGCUGACACACAGGGAACCACACACAUCUCUGUGCUGGAUGAAGAUGGAACCGCUGUCUCUGUGACCAGCACCAUCAACCACAUAUUUGGCUCAGGAGUUUUAUCUCCUAACACAGGUGUUAUCCUGAACAACGAGCUCGCUGACUUUUGUGGCAGAACAAAACACAUUCACCCAGGAGAGCAGCCACCCUCCUCCAUGGCUCCGGUGGUCCUCUAUGCCUCAACAGAGAAACACAUUUUGGUAAUCGGUGCUUCAGGCGGCAGUAUGAUCACCACCGGCAUGGCCAUGGCGCUGAUGAAUUACCUGUGGCUCGGGAAAACUCUGAAAGAGUCCAUCGCCUCGCCCGUGGUUUACGUGGACGGAAAUAACACACUCGGGUUUGAGAACAAAUUUGAUAAGGAUGUGAUUCAUGCUCUUCAGCGAAUCGGCCACACCAUCAAAACUCCUAAAUAUUUCUACAACACAGUGAACGCCGUGUCCAAACACGAGGACGAGUGUGUUAAUGCUAUUUCUGAUAAACGCAAAAUGGGGGGACCUGCAGGAUACUGAACAUACACGCACACGCGCACACACACACACAGAACACCGGCUCACACACACACACACACACACACACACACACACACACA